UGGUAUGAUGGUAAUUUUUAGAUGGCCUGCACAAUGGCAGUUUGAUUCAAGGUGAAGGUGACAUGUCCUGGUUGGGUGUUCGGUUGGUGAAGCACACUUUGGUGGCCCUGGUUCUUUUUGGCAGCACAGUGCUUGCGCCUUGCUUAUUGCUUCUGCGCAAAAAAUGUGGGGCAACUUGCAUUGUUAGUGCGUUGACGCUUUUCACUGUGGGCAGUGCCUCGUUGCUGGGUGCUGCCGUGUGUCGGGGCUUGGACCGAGGUUCUCUGUCGCCCCGGAAGUGGAGGCUUCUUGUAGCUUCCGUGUGGAUCUUCAACCCUGUGCUUCUCACGAUUCUCGGCCUGCAAUUGUCUCGCUAUGAGAUCACGUGGUGGAGUGGAAUGCCUUUGGCCGUAGUGCUGGCCUUGUUGUCAGGGCGGACACGCUUGGCUGCCAGUGAUCCUGAUUGGGUUCAGG